CAAAACACAUUUAUUGUGUGUGGUGUGAUCAAACAAAAGGAAUGAGUGAGUGUGUAUAUGCUCUCGCCCGUGUUUCUGUGUGUAUUUGCCUAUAUUCACAUACACACAGACAGAUUCAUAAAGAUUGACAUCAAAAAUGGCGAACAACGUUCAAUUUAAGAAAAAAGAUAAUGGAUUAAAUUUAAAGUUUUUUGAAUCAUCUGAAACGUUACAAUUAUUUGAUACAAUAAGAUUAUGGAUACAGAAGAAUUGUAAAAAGUUUCUUCAAAACGAUCAACCAACCAAUAAAAGUUUGGCAAAUCUAGCCUGUCAAUUAUUACAAUUUCAAGAGGAUACCUUAGGCAAAAAUGGAUUGGUUUCAUCUGCCGGUAGUGGUGUUGGGGAUUCUGUCGGUGGUUCGACUGUACCAAUUACCGGUGGUGGAGCAACGGGAUCGCCAUCAUCAGCUCCUACUAAUACAAAGCAGCAAUUGUUUACAAGAUUGCCUUAUAAAUGUUUUAUAGAUUUCAAACCUGGCGGUAAACUUUGUCGUAUAUUUGAAUUUGUAUUCAAAUUUAAAUUCGAACAACAAUGGCGUCGUGUUGAUCUUCAAUCACCAUCUCGUAUGGAUCGUAAUGUUGAAAUGUUUGUUGGACUGUAUAAAUUUUUACAAAGUAAUCAAUGCUUAAUCGAACCAAAUGUAUACAUCUUGCCUGAAGUUGAUAAAGUAUUGGCAACAAAAUUACGAGAUAUUAUCAAAAGAUAUCAUGCUAAAUGUAUAGAAUCUUUGGAUAAAGCAACACAUGUUAUUUAUCCACCAACUGCGGCAUCCACUCAACACACAGAUAGUAAUGGUGAUGAAUUUGUUCGUAUUGUUACGAAACGUGAUCGUUCCCUUCUUGUUCAUUGUCUUGGUAGACCCGAUAGCUAUGAUACAUGGCUAAAUAUUGAUGUCGAUCUUGAACCGGAAAGUGAACGUGAUCGUGAUGAUGAUCCAUAUGAAGUUUCUGCCAAUUGGUUACUUGAUACUGACGAAUACAACGAAUGGAUGAAUGAAGAAGAUUAUGAAGUCGAUGUUGAUCGUAAUGGAAAACGAAUAUCAAAACGUUUCCGAUAUACGAUUGAAGAAUUACAUAAUGAAGAGAAGCGAGAUAAACGUUCGAAUUCGAUACAAAAAGGUAAACGCCGUCGUUCGCCAUCACCACAAUCGGAUAAAAAACGUAGUCGUGGUAAAGGAUCUAGUGCGCGUAGUCCUGCACCGGUUACAUUGACAAAUUCCAAUAAGAAAAAAUUCAAGAACGAAGAUGAUGAAGAUCUUACAAAAGACAUGGACAAUCCAUCACCCGAAACUCAUUUUCAAGUUGUCAAUUUGAAUCGAAAUUCUAUUUCAGCUGGAAAUCGUAAUCAAAAAGAUAAUGAAUCAAUGCCAAUCAAAGGUGGAACAAUCAUAGAUUUGGAUUCGAAUGAAUAUGAUCAACAAGAUCAACAACAAUCAAAACAUUUAAAUAAUUCGUCAAAUAAUAACGCAAUCGAUGGUGCUAAACCAUCAUCACGAUCAGCAUCACCAUCUUCAAAUCGUAAUUAUCAACAAUCGAAUGGAACCUCGGGUAUAGUCUCGAUCAAUAAUUAUAGCAGUAAUAACUUUGAUAAAGAUGAUAGCCAAGAUGAUAAUGUGACCGAACAGGCUAAUCAUAUAAUUAUACCUUCAUAUGCUUCAUGGUUUGAUUAUAAUUGUAUUCAUGCUGUAGAACGUCGGGCAUUGCCAGAAUUUUUCAAUGGUCGUAACAAAUCCAAAACACCAGAAGUAUAUAUUGCCUAUCGAAAUUUUAUGAUUGAUACUUAUCGUUUAAAUCCAACCGAAUAUCUAACAUUGACGGCUGUAAGGAGAAAUAUUGCCGGCGAUGUUUGUGCUAUAAUGCGAGUCCAUGCAUUCCUCGAACAAUGGGGUCUAAUUAAUUAUCAGGUAGACGUAGAUGCACGGCCAACACCAAUGGGACCACCAUCUACUAGCCAUUUCCAUGUACUUGUGGAUACACCAUCUGGCUUACAACCGUUGAAUCCGCCUCGUGGUCAGGUAACAACUUCAAAUUCAUCAUCAUCGGCCACACAACAAAUGUUGAAUCUUCCCAAAGAAAAUGGUGUUGGAUCAUCAUCGAAAAAAGAAUCAGAAAAUAUGAAUGGAUUUGGCGAUAACUUUGGAUUAAAAUUAGAUCAAUAUGCUCGUAAAAAUUCCUAUUUCAAAAGUAAAGCGGCAGCCAAUUUAUCGAGAGAAUGGACGGAACAAGAAACGUUAUUGUUGUUGGAAGCACUUGAAUUAUACAAAGAUGAUUGGAAUAAAGUUUGUGAGCAUAUCGGCUCACGCACACAAGAUGAAUGUAUACUACAUUUUCUUCGACUGCCCAUCGAAGAUCCAUACCUGGAAGAUACGAACAAUGCCCUUGGUCCUCUCUCCUAUCAUCCGAUUCCAUUUUCCAAAUCGGGCAAUCCUAUUAUGUCAACGGUUGCAUUCUUGGCUUCAGUUGUUGAUCCAAGAAUAGCUGCUUCAGCAGCCAAAGCAGCAAUGGAUGAAUUUGCUAAAUUAAAAGAUGAAAUACCGCCAUCAUUGAUCGAACAGCAUAGUAAAAAUCUUGAUGCCUCAUCAUCAGCUGAUACGAAUGGCGAUCGAUCGGAUAAAACAUCUUCCGAUAAAACUGAACAAUUAUUGUCCGCAGUUGAAAAAGAUAAGGAAAAUCAAAAUAAAGAUGAAGUUGGUACUAACGGCAGUGAAGCUGAUCAACAGGCGAUUAAACAAGAAACGGCAUCAGAAGAUUCUUCCACCUCAUCAUCAGAUAAUAACAAAAAAGAUAAAGAAGAAAAAAUGGAUGUGGAUGGCCAACGAGAAGAAUCUUCACCAUCGCAAUCCGCCGCUACUGAUAAAUCUUCUAAAGAAUCGGAUACUUCGAGUGAACAGCAAACAAAAGAAGGGCAAUCAUCAGAACAAUUAUCAACAGCUGUGACAGAUACUGUUGAGAAAAAUGAUACCGGGGCUAAGAAUAAAGAAAAAGAAAAAGAACUAACUGAAAAAGAAAAGAGCGUCAUAAAAGAAUCGCAAAUAUCGGUUGCAGCUGCUGCUGCAUUAGGUUCUGCUGCUGUUAAAGCUAGACAUUUGGCUGCAAUUGAAGAAAGAAAAAUAAAAUCAUUAGUCGCUUUGCUGGUCGAAACUCAAAUGAAAAAAUUGGAAAUUAAGCUCAAGCAUUUCGAAGAACUUGAAGCCAUCAUGGAUCGUGAAAAAGAAACGCUCGAAUAUCAACGGCAACAACUUAUGCAAGAAAGGCAGCAAUUCCAUAUGGAACAAAUAAAAGCUGCCGAGAAUCGGGCUAGAUCUCAAGCACAGCAAAUGUUUUAUCAACAGCAACAACAACAUCAAUCACAGGAUAAUAGAUUGCAUCAACAUUUGACAGCUGUUCCGGCUACACCAAUGCCGCAGGUGCCUGCUGCCUCUCAAAUUCCAUCAACACAUACAGCUCAACCGAUAACGCCAAAUAUACCGAUGCGACCACCACAACUACCAUCAAGAAUACAGCAGCAAUCGCAUCAACAUCCGGUUAUGACACCCCAACAGCAGCCACAAAUUCCACCUCCACAGCCGCACUCGCAACAGUCACACCAAUCGCAACCGUUACCUGCUAAUGUAGCAGUAACUAAUGUUGCUAGUAACAAUGUUGUAAUUCCUCCAUCAAUUGGUGAAAUUCCAGUUCAACAAUCUCAACCACAACAACCAAUUUCCAAUUCACAACCGCAAAAGGCCUCGUUUAUUUCUGCUGCUCAUCCGCAAGUCACAAUGCCUCAAUCACAAAAUACCAUACCACAGCAGCAGCCACAACAUCCGGUGCCAACCACCUUAUCACAACAAUCUAAUGUAACUUCUCUACCAUCGUCUACUAUUUCUUCUGUUCCGCAACUACAACAACAACUCGAAUCGGAUUUACCGCAACAACAGGUUAAAGAACCAUCAACCACAAAUCCUGAAAUGGUUAUUUCUCAAUCUCAAACAUCACAGCAACAACAACCAUUAUCAACGAUUCUGCCCCAACAACAACUUGCUAGUAAUGCGAUCGCGGUAACGCCUCCAACUACGUCGGCUACAACAGGAAUGGCUGUUCCUAUGAAUUAUCCAUCUGAAAAUCCAAAUAAUGCGAAUCAAGUGCAAAAUAUUCCGGUUCAUCAUCCACAACAACCACUUCCAUCAUCAUUUACAGAACCACAAUCGCAACAGCCCCAACAGCAGCCGAUACCGACUAGUUCAGAUCCAGUAACGAUGUCUUCGUCACAGCAACCACCAUUAGUAACCACGGCAGAAUCGCAGCCUCCAAAUCCUUUAACCAAUUCUAGCUUAGAACAACAACAGCAUAUCGCUCCAGUACCGGCUGUUAUUCCGACAACAAUUCCGCAAGUGGUUGAUAAUGAUCAGCUUCAAGCACAACCGGCACCAUCAAAUAAUGAUACAGUGAUCACUGCAUCUUCAUCGGUACCAGUUCCACUAACGAAUACGACUGCUAGUGAAAAUCCGUCAUCCACGUGAUUGGAUCUGAAUUUGAUGAAGACAAGUAUUUAUUUUUCAUUAAGAAUUGACAAUUAUAGCUGUUACAUGGCGAUGAAGUAAUGAUUCACACAUGCAUCCAAUCCGUACAUU